ACUUUGAACUAAGACAAUUUAUAUUUGUUUUUGGUCUCUCUAUCUCUUUAAAUAAUAAUAAGAAGUUAGAGCAUAAUAAGCGACAAACAACAUAGCAUUGGGAUCACAGUUAAAAGGGACGGCUUCUAUACAAUUAUAUGUGAAUUCAAUUAUUUUCUUUGACCAUUACCCUAUAUAUAAAAUAUAUUUUUAUAUUAUAUACCUCCUUUGAUAUAAUCAAAACUUUUGUUCUUAUUAUUUCUUCAUAUGGAUAAUGAAGUACUAUAUACUACAUUUACGUUAGCCAUAACACUUAUUUACAACAACAAAUAAAUGUCGUCUGGAUCAGUUAACACAGAAAGACACCCUGUUGAGUUCAUUCACUCUACAUCCGAAGCCGGUAGUACUCUACUCCCCUCUUCUAAUCGAUGGAACUCGAUAGAGCUCGAUUAUUUCACCUUUUUUCCACCAUCUCUUUCCACAUACAAUUCACUUCCCUCAAGAUUCUCUAAAUCAAUUCGAUUUAAUCUUUUUAUCGCUGACAAAAAAUUAUUCAAACAUUUUCUUUACAUAUCCACAUUACUUAUUUUUCUCAUCAUUUCCCUUAUCUUGCUCACACACUUUCUUCCCCUAAAAAACCGUCACCAUCGGCCUUCGAAUAAGAAUCUCACACUCGCACUCAACCAAGCUCUCACUUUUUUCGAUGCUCAAAAGUCUGGGCUGUACCCGAAGAACAAUCAGGUGAAAUUUCGAGGAGAUUCGGGGUUGGAAGAUGGGAAAUUUGGUGGGAGAGAAAGUGAUGAGGAUGUUGUGGGUGGAUUUUAUGAUUCAGGGAACAACAUAAAGUUUAGUUUUCCUACAGCUUAUACUAUAACAUUGUUGAGUUGGAGUGUGAUUGAAUAUCACCAAAAAUAUAGUGAGAUAGGUGAGGUUGAUCAUGUUAAGGACAUCAUCAAAUGGGGUACUCAUUAUUUGCUCAAGCUUUUCGUUUCUCCUUCCAAUGAUUCAACUUCAGAUGCCAGAUUGUAUACCCAGGUUGGGACAGCAGGAAACGACACGAAAACACCAAACGACAUGAACUGCUGGGAAAGACCAGAAGACAUGGAUUACAAGAGACCGGUUUCUUAUUGCGAUAUUUCAAAGGCAUCAGAUCUAGCUGGAGAAAUGGUGGCGGCCCUAUCAGCAGCAUCAUUAGUGUUCAAACAAGAGGAGGUGGUCUACUCAGAAAAAUUGGUCCAAACAGCUGAGAAGUUGUUUGAAUUAAUAUUGGAGAGUACCACUAAAAAGGACGAUGAAUAUUGUAGUGGAAUAGAGGCAAGGAAAUUCUAUAACUCAUCUGGAUAUUUAGAUGAGCUUGUAUGGGCUUCCACUUGGCUGUUCUUUGCUACUGGCAACACUUCUCAUCUUCAAUAUGCCACACAAAUGUUUACUUCUGUAACAAGUAAUAAUAAUGAUGAUGAUCACACCACUUCUGACCAAGGCUUCUUCUAUUGGAACAACAAGCUUAUUGCUUCUGCAGUUUUGCUAAGUCGUCUCCAAAUGUUUAAUGAUCUUGGCUUUCCAUACGAAGAUGCAAUGAGUGAGUCAACAACUAUGAUAAACUCCCUAAUGUGCUCUUAUGUUUUGGCUCCAAACUUCAACACCACUUUUACCCCAGGUGGAUUAUUGGUGCAAAGAGUAGAAGAUGGGGCAUCACUACUGGAAUUGGCUGCAACAGCCUCUUUCCUGAGCAAGUUGUACAGUGACUAUCUCCAGGCUAUAAGAAGGUCUGGUGGAAAGUGUAGUAGUAGUACUACUACUACUCAUCAUCAAAGCUUCUCCACUCAAAUGCUUACCAAUUUCUCCAAAUCUCAGGUGAAUUACAUACUGGGAGAUAACCCAAUGAAGAUGAGUUACAUGGUAGGAUUUGGUGGGAAGUAUCCAACACAAGUUCACCAUAGGAGUGCCUCCAUUCCAUGGGACGGGCACCGUUACACAUGUGAGGAUGGGUACAAAUGGCUAAACUCUAAGGACCCGAACCCUAAUAUUUUGGUCGGGGCAAUGGUGGCCGGACCAGACCAAACCGACGAGUUCUUAGACCAAAGGGACAAGCCAUGGUUCACCCAACCCACUAUUUCAAGCAAUGCUGGCUUGGUUGCUGCUCUCAUUGCUCUCCAUGACCCUCCUCUUACUUCAACCCAUUCCUCUAGCCCUAACAUGGGAUUAGACAUUUUAGGUCUUUUUAAAAAUAUCAAAUUAUAAUUAUUUAAUUACAUAGUUAACGAGAAAAAAUAUGUUAUUUUUAACUUUAGAUAUCAUGAAAUGAAGGAAAUUUAUUAU